CCUUCACCAGAGACGGAUGAGGCGUGGCACAGACUUUCUGAGGUAUCCUCUUGGGGCAUCAGCAAAGAGGACCUUUUGAAGCUCGGCAAAGACCCAGAUAAGACCGUCAAGAUUGAUCCCAAAUUUGGUUUUGGCGACGACAAGUACGCAGUCUCGCUGGAUGUCCAGCACAACAUUCAUUGUUUGAACGCCAUCCGGAAGUAUCUCCACUACGAUCAUUACUAUGCCGCCGAGCUAGGACCCGUGAUGCCGCUGCUACACGAAGCGCACAGGGAUCACUGCCUACUUAUCUUGUUGCAAUAUUUCACAUGCUAUCCAAGUUUAGAUCUCUACACUUACAUUUGGGUUGAGGGUCAGCCAGGACCCUUCCCAGACUUCGCUGUCAACCGACAAUGCAGGAGCCAUGAAGCAAUGCUAGAGUGGCAGGCUAAAGAAUUUGUCACAGACAAGGAAUUU